AUGUUACCGUCUACCAUGUUCCUCGUGCACCUUCCACUCAGCACAAACAGGCUGCACUGCCUCCGAAACACAUCACUGGAAUCCUGCCUCUGUUCCUUUGUCCAUCUGAAUCACCCUCUCCACAUUUCUGACCCUGUAAUCCUGAUCUCACUUCAUGAGGCAGUUCGCUUCUCUUUUGCAUUUAGCUUUCCCCGGGGUACACUGUCAAUAGCCUACUGUCUGAUGUCAUCAGUCAGCACUUCAUCAGAGGCAAUUAUGUCUACAGAGCUUUUGGCUAAUUACUGUCACUCCUCCUUACAUGUGUGCAUAUGCAUAUCAUCUUUCCCUAAUGAGACUGGAAAUCAUGAUUCAUUCCCUGGAGCAGUGGUUUCCAUAAGUGACCAACCCACAGACCAGUGCAAACUGGCUGCAAAAGAGCUUCCUCUGAGGAACUUAUUAGAAUGCAGAUUCUUUGACUGCAUGGGAGAGGAGGAUCUCAUAAAUCUGGGUGUGAUAGGCACAGAACGUUAG